AUGUCCAUUUCCAAUAUGAACUCGUUUUGCCAACACCUUCUGGAGGCAAAUAGGCUCAAUCAGCUGCUCCUGAAUCGCAUCCAGGAGCUUGAGCUUGAGCUUUCUCAAGUGCGACUAACAAGUAGGCCCCUGUAUACUCAGGAUACCCUGAACCCUCCCAAUCCCGCACCAUCAUCCACGCCUGUGACCAGACCGGCUGCAGCGCGUCUCAAGCGCACCGAGACACCCCAGCAGCUCUUUCUCAAGAACAUGACCGAUACCAAGGUCUACACCGUGGGCAUAGAACCUCAAGACGACCGUGGCCUCCUCCACGACUUUUUCGAAGACAUUCGGAAAUGGGCCAUCCACUAUACCAUCAAUCUGGCCGAUGAGGUACUCAGCCAUUGCUCAACGAUGAAGGAUGUGGUCGCCAUCAUAGGCGACAAGUCAGAUAUCCAUCAUCUGCUCGCUGAUCGCGAGAUGCGCCAAGAUGUUGUUUCAGCACUCAUUGUUCGAGACAUAGUCUUCCAUGCAAUCGGUGAAGGAUCAAUGUUCAACUCCAAGCACAGGAAUGGUGAGCUGUGCGGUGAGAUUGUCUCCAGUUUUGCAAUGCUCUCCCACCAAGACUAUCGCGCUAAGCACCAACUCUGCCUUCGACAAGCAGCUCUCUACCAAGAGAUGUAUGGAGAGCACAAUCAUCACGAAUGGCGCACCAAGCAGGCAAAUGAGCGUACAAAGGCGCUCCUCAACACACUUUCGCCCUUUCUCCAUUGGGGUAUCAAUACUGAUGGUGAGCAUUCGCUCAGUGAGCUCUACGUGAAGGGCUACCGCAUUGGUUUCCGCUUGCGCUCACAUGCGAUCAAAUGGCAAGUUAUCUUCCCCGUUGCGGGCAUGCAACUUGACCUCAAGCGCAUGGUCAAUCGCACGCUCAACCUAGCGGGUGAUCCGAUGACGACUUGGACGGAAUUGACGAAGAACCCGGAGAGGUACUUUGUAAGGUUUGCCAUCACGCCUACAAUGAUCAAGUCGGACUUUUCCGCGGGCUAUGAAGUCAAAGAGGUGGUGCAUUCGUCCUUGGUACAUGUUGGAAGGCAGAAUGUGUCCAGUCACAGAAAGGACACCCAGAUGACAUCAAGGAAGAACGGGCGGAAGAACUGAACG